CUCAUUUUACCAGUUCCUAGUCCUUCUCCUUUCCAUUCUGCAUUUUCAAAACAGUCAAACACAAAAAUGUCAUGUAGAUUUCGUAGAAAUUCCCAUCUUUAAUCCAGCUUCUCUCAUUAUCCAAGGAAUUUUGAUCGAUGACCUCAAGCACCGAUCGAGUAGCCCAUCAGAGUUAAAAUAUUUGGAUAAAGACCUUGGAAUUAAGAUAACAUGAAGAAGCUUUUUGAAAAAGCUAAGCUAGAAAUCAAAUUCCGCAAGGCUGGGGAUGGCCACACGUUAGCAGAAAGCAAAGAAGACAGACCUUCCACUUCCCAUGAGCCAUCAGGUCCUGUGAGUAGGGAACCCCCAGCACCAAGUGCGCAGAGGGCGGGGCAAGCCGCUCUUGAAAGGUUUGCUCAACACGAGAAAGCUGCCUCUAAGAAACCACAGUCAGCCAAAGCAACUUGGAAAAACAGCGCGGUGUCUAGACCGGAUGGUGCUUCUUCUGAGCCAGCUACAGCUAUAGAUUUUAAGAAACUCCAGGCAGAAGCGAGACAAGAGCUAGGCAAGCAACAAGCAACAACUUCUUCAAGACUUGGAAGUGUUACCAGUAAUAUGCAGCCUCCAGCUGACAAGGAAGACUCCUCUCUUUUGUCUGUAGAGGGAAUCUUUCUGUGUUGUCCACUUUGUGCAUCGCCAUUCUUGUACAAAGACAGAGAUGUCCACCUUAUAGAGUGCCUGGAAAAUAAAUAUACUGAAGAUCCCCACAGCUCAGCUGCUCAAAUGAUUCAGACGCUCAACAGAGACAAAGAGAGAGUCAAAGCUUGCGUGGAUAUCCUGUGCAGGUACAUAGAUAACAUUUGCAAGAAUCCUGGUGACGAAAAAUUCAGAAAGAUCAAGCAAAGCAAUAGGAUAUUCCAGGAAAAGGUUCUUACAAUAAAAGGCGCUGUGGAGUUUCUAGUUGCUUGUGGAUUUGAGUCUUCAACAAUUCCAGUAGAAGAUAAACAAGAACAAUUCUAUGUUCUCUCUGAAGACAAAAGCAAGGACACUGAAACACUAGAUUUGUACAAAGGAAUAUUAAUAUCUGUUGAGCCAUUACAAAUGAAAUUGGAUCGACGUGCCACAGUCUACAAGCCAUCAUCUCAGGCAAUGAAGUUUGAACUUCCCGAAGAGUUCUUUAGCUUAUCAUCAGAGGAAGUGAAGCGGGAAUAUCAAAUGAAAUUGGAGGAGCGAGAAAAGAACGCUCAACUAAGGACAAAGGCGAUGAGAGAGGCCGACAAGAAACCAACGAAGACAUAUCGAUUCACUCUUAUCAGGGUUCGGUUCCCUGAUGGAAUUGUUCUGCAAGGGACAUUUUACUCGCGAGAAAAGCUAAAGGACUUGAGAGAGUUUGUUAGUCAGUCAUUGAAGUCCGACUGGCUCCCUUUCGUUCUCUCAGAGCCGACAGGGCAACUUACGAACGAGGAGGCGACUUUCAGCGAACUUGGGCUGGUUCCUGCAGCGGUAGUGAACUUUGCAUGGGACGCUGCCAUCAUGGCCGACAUUGCCGCUGCCAGCGGAUCAGUUCAGCAAGAAGACUUCCUCAACGAGGAGCUAAUGACACGGAUACAAGACAUGGCGACGUAAAAACACCCUGUCCUUGAGGGUACAAAACAUGGCGACGUAAAAACACCCUGGGUACAAGACAUGGAGACGUGAAAAGAAUACACAAAACAUUGCGACAUUUGAAUUGACUGAUUUAAAUCUCUAACUGGUCAACUGACUUUGCAAAACAUUUGAUUUACCAAGAUGACUUCGGUGACUGCAGAGAGUCUUCAUGACACCGUGUAAUACCAAACUCGUACCCAGACGCUAACCACCCUCUUUUUCCUUCCAGAAGCUAUUUCUUUUAUUGAUCAGCGACUGGGUACGAGUCUGGUGUAUUUCAUCUUCCAUAGUGCGGCAGUACCUCAAAAUUAUAUCAAUAUUUAAAUAAAUUAUAUUACCGAAGUCGGUGUUGUUUGUGAAAUAGAACUAAAUAAAGCACUAAAGUGUACCUUAUACAUGAAA